AUGGUGUUGGUGCUGCUGCUGAUCGUUCCCCGCCUCGAUGGUUCACUUUCACCGGCCCCGCAAGAUCUCAUCCCACUGCAGCAGUUGCCUGUCGACCUGGAACCGGAGUUCGAGGGCACCAUCCAGAACAUCUCGUCGCCGACCGGCCGGGAGGCGAUCCUGACCUGCUCGGUGAAGAACCUGGGCCGCUACAAGGUCGGCUGGCUGCGUGCCUCCGACCAGACCGUGCUGGCGCUCCAGGGUCGCGUCGUGACGCACAACUCGCGCAUCACCGUGCUGCACGAGGACUUCCGGACGUGGCGGUUGCGGAUCAAGCAGCUGCGGGAGUCCGACCGGGGUUGCUACAUGUGCCAGAUCAAUGCCAGCCCGAUGAAGAAGCAGAUCGGCUGCAUCGAUGUUCAAGUUCCGCCGGAUAUCAUCAACGAGGAGUCGUCGGCCGACAUUGCCGUUCAGGAGGGCGAGGACGCAACGAUCGUCUGCAAAGCGGUCGGACAUCCGACGCCUCGCGUCACCUGGAAGCGGGAAGACGGCGAGUACAUGCUGCUAAGGAAGCCACAGAGUCGCGAACUAAUACGCGUGGAAGCAUACAACGGAACCCAUCUGCACCUGCCCAAGCUGGAGCGAAGACAAAUGGGCGCGUAUCUGUGCAUCGCGUCGAACGAUGUUCCGCCGGCCGUUAGCAAGCGUGUUUCAUUGAGUGUUCACUUUGCACCAUCGGUACGUCCCACCAGCCAGCUGCUCGGGGCGCCACUCGGCUCGGACGUCCAGCUCGAGUGCACGGUCGAGGCCUCGCCGAUUCCCGUGUCCUACUGGCUGAAGGGAGGUCGCGUCCUGCCGAACAGCUUCGCCAGCAUAACGAACGGCAAUUACGAGCAGGCGGGCCUGAGCCGCCCGGAAAUGCUGCUCGAUGGGCCCAAGUACGGCAUCGCCGAGGAACGGCACGGCUUUCGGACCAACAUGCGCCUCGUCGUGCGUUCGUUCUCGCCGGCCGACGUCGGGACGUACCACUGCGUCAGCACUAACUCACUCGGCCGCGCCGAUGGCACCAUGAGACUGUACGAAAUAAAAAUUCAUCCGGGCGGCGUGCAAACAACGGACGAUCAAUUAAAUAUAAUUGGAGGUCUAGCGGAGGCAGCUCGAGGUCGAGGUAAUUCCGCCGGCAGCUCACUGCACAGCGACCGAACACGACAUCCUCUGCUGCUGCUGCUGCUGUUGAUCCUUUCGCUCGCCUUCGGCACGAUACGGACCGUCAUUCCCGGUGGUGGCAGCAGCACCAGCAUCAGCAACAACCACGGCCGGCUGGACAGUAGAUGA